ACAUUUCCUGCAGUUGACUGAUUGGAAGGGGACAAGUCUGUCCCGUACCAAAAUAGAAAUUAUUGCCUUUUCCUGGUCGCCUAGGAAGUCCGUACCGUAAUCAUGGAUGUGUUAACCAGGCGUUGGAUGCUGGCUGCAACAGAGCCAGAACCCCCCAGUCAAACACCUCGGAGCCGCGCAACGGUCCCUCGACGAUGCACAUCCCCGGCGGCUCCAGGGGUCUGCACUCUCAGAGCGCCCAGGGGGUUAACUGCCUCCUCUUUGGGAGAUGAGCAGGAUGUGCUGACAGGACAUCCGAAAGGAUGAUGAUCUAUUAUCCCGUCAUAUGAUGAGCACCUGAUCCUCCCAAGAAGUGCAAUUGAAUGUUGAUUGGAUCAUUUUAUUUGGUUGCAUAAG